GUCAAUUUAUAUCAUUCGGCUCUUUCAAAUACUUCUCAUCAGUCGGUCUGUCGGUCUGUCUCCAUUACUGCAUCUUUUCAGGAGGUGUUUUCAUAUUUAAAGUGUCAGAUGUAUGCUUUACUUUGAAAAUUCAAAGCUGGCGACAGAGCAUGACACAAGGGAUUUCAGGCUGCGGAUCAGCUUUUAUGUUGAAAUUCAGAAUCUCGAGGGUAUGGGUUCAAGACACCAAGGACAGACCAGACGCAUGAGAGGAGAGUUGUCUUUCGGCACAAUAAUUAUAUUAAAAUAUAAAUUACUGCUCUGUGAGAACAUCUAGGCUCACACUUUACUUGUUUCUACUUCAAAGGCAUUUUCUUUAACGGUUUUUUCAAAUCAAGUAAGCAAAAAAACUUUCUGGCAUUUUCAAUCAUCUUCAGUCCAGUUACAGUUUAGCUACUAACUUAUUCCAAAGACAUCAUGUAAGUUUUAAAAGGUCGAAAUGAAUUGAAAGCUUUAACCUGUCUGAAUCUUUUGCACCUCACUGAGACGAAACGUGAUUCUAAGGUUAAAGAGAGCGGAGUUCAACUGUCUGACUGUCCCUGAACGCCUCACGACGAUUUCAUUGACAGCUCUGCUUCAGCUCGUUCAUUCCGUUCUCUGCCUCGACAGGUAAGUCUGAUGAGAGAAGUCUCUCCCUCUCAACACGAACUACUGACGUCACAGCUUCACAUUUGAUGUUUUAAAAUUACCCUCCAAUGUUGUUUAGUAACUAAUAACUCAAGCCCAGGUGAAAGGAAGGUUGAAAAUGUUUAAUUCCAGCUUUAAAGACUUUGUUAGCUUGCUUGUUAGCUAGCGGCUCGCGCUAACAGUCGCUAACGUCAGUUGAGAGUGACGUAGGCAGUAACGGUCUUUAUCUAAACAGAAGAGGACCUCGGUCUUCAGUCAUAUGUCUGACACUACAGUUCAGAGCAGAGCAUGUUAAUAUGAAUAAAGACUGACACUUCAUGUGUGUGCUUUAGUACAUCCAGUUAUUAUUAAAUAUGACCGUUUCAACGUCCUGACCAUAGACUUGACAGAUAAGAACCACCACACAGCAGUAACACGCCAUCUUAUUGGCUGUGUCUUCCCUCCACUGUGACGCGUCCUGCUCUCUGUUAGCAGGGUAGAAAGUUAAUAAAUUAAAGGGUGAUGAAAACACAAUAGUUGAGGAAGAAUAUGUUUUAUUUUGUGAAUUUCAAUUUAUGUAAUGUACUGUAUGAAGCUCUGUAUUGUCACAGAACUAAAAUGUUUUCUCUCCCUCUCCUCCCUCUCAUCAUUCCUCACGGCUCUCUCCCUCCUCUCACAUUUGGCUGAUCAUCACGGGCUCCUCAUCCAACAAAGAACUUGGAAAUACUCUGAAGAUUAAAGCCAGUCCAGUUUCCUGAUGUGAACUACCUGAGUGAUGUCAUCCCAUCCACAGAGAGUCAGCCACCAACUCACACUGUACCAACCACUGUGUUUGAUGAUACCCAUCCAGAUGAGCCAACCACAAGUGAUCCACAGAUGAACACUGAUGUCUCUGAAAUCACCGUGUUAGCAGACAUGGAGACUGACCCUGAACCACUCAGCUCUGUUUCAGACACACUGAAUGAUGACAUGGAAACUGAUGUCUCUGACCACACGUCACAGAGAACCUGCCCUAACAUCACUUCUUCAUCUACUGUGAAUCAACCAGAGGUACAUGAAGUGUUUCCUAACACACACACUGAACCAGAACCAGCACAUGGAUUCAGCUUAAACUCUGACAAAUCACAAGACUGUCCCCCAAGUGAGUUACUCUCAACUGAUCCAUUGAUAAAUACAGACACCAGUGUCUUAUAUGACGUCUCUCAUGACAUCUCCAUUAAACUGUCAAAACUGGGAAAAGAGCAAAGGCAAACAUUUCAGAGGAGACUUCUACAAUCUGAAAACAUUUUACAAAGUAAGGAGAGUCAAAAGAGGAAAGAGAGAGUAAAGUAUGCUUUAGAUGAAAAGUAUAAAGCAAAGAAAAAAUCUUACUCAAGACAGAGAUCUUCCAAGGAAGAGUUAAGAAAAGCAAAACAAAAAUAUGACACUAACGUUUACAGAAACAACCCUGAAAUACAGAAAAAGAAAAUAAAUAAUAUAAAGACUAGAUACAGAGAGAGCACAGAUUUUAGACUGAAACAAAAAGCCUAUAUCACAAGGAGAUACACAGAGGACAUUGAUUUCAGGCAGAGACAACAAUCUUAUAUCACUCAGAGAUAUGCUCAUGAUGAAGCAUUCUGUGUUUGACACAGACAGCUGAUGAGACAAAUAAUGCCAGACAGGUAUACGAACAGUCUUCAUAAGAUGAGAUGUGCAUUAAAAAUAUCAAGGAAAUACAGACAGAUAAGUAGACACACAUGUGAGCCUGACACAGAGAGUGAGAACCCUUUGAUCAGAGAGGCCAUCGCUGCUUUCAGAUCACACAUAAGAUCUCAGAUCUCACAUUUCCUGCAGCAGAGAUGCGUUGGCCAGAGGUGAUUAUUGCCUUAAAAGCACAGCAGGGUGAGGAGGUGAACUUUGAUGAGCUGGACUGGUCCACAAAGUGUGACAUUCUGAGAUCCAACCCCGUAACUGUAAUGAGAGUUUUUGAUAAAAGAGUUGAAGCCCUGUACAGAGACCUGAUCUUGUCUCCUGCACAACCCCUGGGCAAAGUGUACGACUUCUUUUGGCGUCUUGAGUUUCAGCACAGAGGAAGUCCUCACAUACAUGGUCUCCUGUGGGUUGAUGGUGCACCUGUGUUUGAGAAAGACAGUGAUAAGACUGUGUGUGACUUUGUGUCCAAAUACAUCUCAGCUCGGCUCCCUGAUCCAGAUAAACAGCCUGACCUGUUUAAAAAAGUCACAGAGGUGCAGAUACACAGCAAAAACCACUCAAAGACAUGUUUUAAGAGUGCUAGUUCAGGAUGCAGAUUUGGAUUCCCCAAACCUCCCUCCAGAAGGACAAUGAUAACCAGACCUGUGGAUGAUGUGGACUCAGAGAGACUUAAAGCAGCCAAAGAGAAACUAGCCCCACUGAAUCAGUUGCUGAAUAAACCUGAGACCGCCUCCCUGAGUUUUGAACAGCUCCUGUCUCGAUGUGACCUGACCCCCAGUGAAUUUGAGCAACACCUGCACCUGAUGAGCCAGUCCUGCAGUAUCAUACUGAAGCGUGACCCAAAAGACUGCUGGGUAAACCCUUACAACCCUCAUCUGCUUGAAGCCUGGGACGCAAACAUUGAUGUGCAGUUUGUUCUGAGCUACCACAGUCUGAUCCGUUACAUCUGUACACACAUGUGCAAAAGUGAGAAGGAGACACGUCCUCCAUACUUCUCUUCUCAAUCAACAGUGAGACCUUCUCUGCUGGACCACACACAGACAUGUGACCUCCUGCCAGGGCUCUGGUGUCUUCACAACAAAGCAUGAGGUCUUCCUCCAAUGUGCUCCAGCCAGUUGAAGACCAGGAGAACUGCUCACAGAGCUAACAUGUUGACAUCAUGGCUCCAUCAUGGCUCCAUCAUGCAGCCUUCAGAAGCCUCCCUGUGAAGUGGCUCUGAUCAAACAUGUUGUUUUCCUCUGCAGCAGUUUUAAAGCGUCAUCCUCCAACCUCCACAUCACCAUCUGAGCAUUCAUCAUGAAGCCAGUGCAGCUCAGCAGAACUCUUGAGAGAAGAGGAGACACGUCCUCCAAACUUCUCCUCACCUUCUCUCUGGCUCUGAGGUCCAGUAGCAGCUUUCAACAACCACCAGGCACCAAGCUGGAGCAGAAGAGAUGCUACAGCACCUGACAGUCAUCAGAGAGACCUUCUCUGUGUGAAGCUGCAGCUCAGCAGAGUUUAACUGAUGAUGAUCCUUCAACAAGAGAUCAACCAAAGAGCAACACAUCUGUCAUCACUAUCAGACUGAAAGUUCACCCUCACUGCAGCUUCAAGCUUUCCCUAGAGCUCACUGCAGUCAUGCUGUCGUAAAAUACGCUGAUAACUGCUCGCAGCGAUUCUUCAACCACAGGUCAAAGGUCAAACCAUUGCAACACCUUACCUUACACCAUCAAUGUGAAACUGUGCUGUGCAUGUUACUGACCUGCAGACUGACUGCUUGUCUUAAUGAUGGAACAACUAUAAGUUAAGUUUUCUUUGAUUAUAGUUUUCUACCUCAUAUGAUCCAUUAUAUAUUUAUGUGUUGUGUUUUAUUAGGGUUUUAUUACUUUUGUAGAGUUCUUCCUCUUUUUGUGAGGAGUCCUUCAAAGUCAAGGAUAUCCCAGCGCUCCAGUAAGACUCAGUAAUCAGAGCGUGUUGCUAUAACAAACAAUAGAGACUAAAAUGUUGACUGUCAGUCCAGAACUAUGAACUAAAGAGAGAAUCAGCCCUGGUCUAACCAACCUGUGAGAAGUCUCUGAUGGUAAGGCUGAACAAUACAAAACAUCACUAUGAACAACAUACUCAGUUUAUGAGAAUUAAACAGAGAUCACUGUCAACAGAAUACUCUUAAAUAUCUUUCUUGACAUAUUUGUCACAUAUAUAAAUGUGUUGUUGAGCCUUGCCUUCUACAUUGAUAAAAAAAGUUAUCCUUUAGUUUUUAACAAAAAUCAUACAUACAGGUCGUUUGUUUUUAAGACCACUCCUCCUGCCUAUCUGGAAGUGUGUACUGUAAAAAAAUGAAGUUUCCUUUCACCUGAGGUAUUGUUUGACAAGUUGAAAAGCCUCUGAUGGUAAGGCUGAACAAUCCAACACAUCACAGUGAAUAACAUACUCAGUUUAUGAGAAUUAAACAAAGAACAUUUUAGAGAGGAGAUUUUAAAAUCAUAAGAUCUUUCUUAAUGAAUGUGUCACACUUAGAAAUUAGUUGUCCAGCCUUGUCAUAUAGUGAUUGUAAAAGGAUAAUAAUUUAAGACCUUUUUAAAAAUGAAAUACACCUUUAAUGGUUUAUUUAACCUUUCAACCAGUUUUUUAACUUAUAUUUUUACAAGUUCUAAAUGAGUUGACACACAUCCCAGUUUUAAAUAGGCAAAGAAGAUUUUGAAGAAGAAGUUAUUAAUUUAUUUCAAAUGUAAAGGAUGUUUUGUAUCAAAAUCUGUGGGUCGUGAUGUUAUCUGACGUUUGACUGUCCAAAAUGUAUAAAGAAAUAUAUAUUCCACAUUCAAAUGAUUUAUAGUAUGACUUCUGUCAUUUAUGUAAAUCAUGUCAGACUUGUUGGGUGUUGUGCUGUCCAUAUAUUUAGUCACUUAUUUUCCUCACAAGAAUCAGAUAGUAUGUUAUUAAAAUGUAUUUUUAAAGAACUGAUCUGUCUGGUUCAUACUUGUCACACACAUUGAGGACAUUAGAGCCAAUGGGUUGUCAAAUUGGCUCUGUGGAUUGUUAUCAAUCAGGGAGCAGUGAAUUGAAAAUUCUCAAUCUUUAACAAAGUUUAAUAAACAAACAUUAGCAUCAACAAGAUUAUGAGUAUUGAUAUGUACAUUGAUUCUUUAAUUAAUAUUUCUAUACAAUUUUAAGGAUUGGAACUGAACUUAACAGACAAACAGACAAAACAUACAAACUAACUAUUUUAAAACUAUUCCUCUAUGCUAUGAAUUUCCAUGAUUUUUCUCCCCCUCGCUGUGAUUUUUACAUGUGCCGCCCUCUCUAAUCAUUUUUCCUGAUAUGGUGCCCAUUUUUCUUUCCCAAUCAAAAAUUCUUUACCGUUUUGAAACAAAAUCAAAAGCUCUUCCUCAUCCUGUUGGUCCGAACACCCAAUGACAUGGUCCUCCAGCUCAGUUACGUCGUCCAGUGUCUGGUGAGAGUAGAGUACAGAAGUGGUUUUAAACUACUUGUCAAUUAAGGAGGAGGAAAAAAAACAAUUCAAUUAAAUAAUGUAGGCUUUAAACACUUUUUCCUAGCCCAAUUUCUUUUUAUUAUCAAAGGUUAUGCUGUCUGUUUCUGUCAAAGUGUCCUUCUGGAUUGUGUCUCUGUCUUUGGUUUGUCCAUGUGUAUGUCAGUUGUUGUUCAUGUUUCUCUGUCUGUCACUUUGGCUGAAUUUCCCAAGCAGAGUGUUUUUCUGUUUGAGUGCAUCAUUCUAUGUUUUUGUCUGUUUUAUGUGUGUUUGACAUUAAAAAUGUGUCAUUCUGUUUGUUUCUAUAUAUUUUCAUCUCUCUAUCUGCAUCAUAUGUCUGACUGUUGUCUGUCUGUGUCUGUCUGUGUCUAUAUUUCUGCCUGUGUUUCUCUUUUAUUCACGAGUGUCUGUCUGUCUGUCUGUCUCUGUCUUUUUCACCUUUCCAUCAGUCUUACUUUCUGUGCACCUCUCUCUCUCUCUCUCCGUGUCUGUAAGUCUGGUUGUCUGUGUGUGUAUGUGGGUCUUUUCAAAUAUUUUAGAUUUAAUUAGAACAUUCAUUUGUGUCUUAGUGAGAAACUGGUGUUAAAUGAUGCUCUGUUCAUUGACACUGGUGUGCAAAAGGAAAAAUAAACUUAAGCAACUUAAACAUA